AUGCCGCACCACCACACGCGACCCGCGGCGAUCAGUGCCGCGACGCCGUGGCGCGGGACGGGGAACAUCUCCACCUCUCGUCCUCAUCCCGCGCGCUCGACCGCGAUCUCGUCGAUCGCGGGUACCCAUCGCGAAACCUUCUCACCCGAACCCACGCGCACCCAUCCUCCGUCCCCAAUCGCGCAGGUUCAGUCGGUCGAUCCCAUCCAGUCGAUGAAUCCAGUUGACGCGACGACGACGACCGACGACCGUCACGCCCUGGUCCUCGGCGGCAACGGCUUCAUCGGCUCGCACGUCGUCCGGGCUCUCAUCCGCGACGGUCACGCCGUCACCGCGGUCAACCGCGGGCGCCGCGAGUGGCUCGGCGAUCCCGACGCGGUUCACCCCCCAGACACUUACGACUUCGACACAGCUGGCGAUGGGAUCAAAGCCUUCAGGGGCGACGCCGGGUAUCCGAGGUCCAAAAACGAGGUGGCGCACAUCGUGUGCGAUCGGAAACAAACGCGCGCGUUCGCGGACGCGGUGGACGUCGCGACGGGCACCACGCUCGGCGCGAACGGCGCGUGGGACGUCGUCGUCGACCUCAGCGGCUUCACGCCGAGGGAUCUGCGAGCGGCGCUGCGGGGUUUGAAGGGGCGGACGCGGCGGUACGUGUUCGUGUCGUCGGAUUCCGUGUACGAGGUGUGCGACGAACGCGCGCGCGAGGAUGCCUCUCUCGGUAGUGCGUGCACGGGGGAGAGGAAGAAGGAGACGAACGACGGGGAAGGGGACGGCGGGAACGGGUCGAACACGUUGAACACGUUGAACGGCGGCGGCGUUCGCGAGGAACACGCGCGGCGCCCGGUCGACGCGGCCGCGGCGGAGGCACUCGCCAGGGGGGAUCGGUACGGGCAUCACAAGCUCCGGUGCGAGGAAAUUUUGGCCAAGAUCGCGUCUACUAGGGGGAUGGAUGGACGCGCGACGAGUAAUGGGGAGGAGGCGCCGGAUCUGAGCUCGAGCUCGAGCGACGACGCGGCGACGUGGAGCGACGACAGCGACGGCGACGACAGCGACGACAGCGAGAACGAGAGCGAGAGCGACGACGACGGUCACGACGACGACGACGUUAACGACGACGACCUCGUGCCGGUUCCGUGGCUGGCGAUUCGACUCCCCGACGUCAUCGGCCCCCGCGACGGGACGUACCGCCUGUGGCGAUACCAGAUGUGGGUCCAGUGCGUCGACAUCCUCGGCCCCGUGGUGGUGUCCCCGGACCUCGCCACGGGCGGGUCCCGAGCGCUCAGCUUCGCGUACGCCCCGGACGUCGCGGCGCUCGUCGCGAAGGUGGCGCGCGGCGAGUGCGACGCGUCGCUCGGGCGUUCGUACAACGUGGCGUGCGUGGAGCGGGUAUCGCUCCAGGAGAUCGUCGAGCACGUCGCCGAGUGCGUUCGCGAGAUUGGGGACGAAAAGUCGGCACCCGGGGAGGCACCCGGCGGCGCGAGGAGCGUCGUGGAGGUGCGCGAGCCCGGGCGCGGGCGCAAGCGCGGUUGGGACGACUCGGCGGAGGCGACGGAAGUCGGGUCGUCGGUCCGGACGUCGUCGCGCCAAAGGACGUCGCCCGAGUUUUACCCCUCCGUGGACGGGGGCGCGAUCGACCCGUCGAGGGCGAUCGGGGAGCUCGGUUUCGCGCCGACGCCGCUCCGGGACGCGGUGCGGGAGACGGUGCGCUGGUGCGCGGGGAUGUGCGCGGGGAACGGGGACGUCGGGCGCAGGGAACGCGCCGAGGCUGCGCGGCGGUUGAGAAGAAGUUUCGGGUUGAAGCUCUUCUCGGAGGAGGCCAAGGCGCUGCGCGUCAGGUUGCGACGGCUGGGAUUUCCGGAGCCCAAGGAUCGCUGGGGGGACGACGCCGAGUGA